AAGGCAGCGGAAGCACCGUGUUCCUUCAGCCCACUAGGGUGCAGGCGUCCCUUUUCAUUCGCUUCUAACUUUCACCACAUCCUGCUGGAAAAACUUUGCUGUGUUUCCUCCCAUGGCUGCUGGUCUGUAGCUGCAUGUCGUCUCCAGUGCUUCAGUUUGCUCUCAGUAUGCUUUCCCUCUCUAAACUCAGAGCUUUUAGUGGCCUAUGGCUGCUCUGCGUCCUCAUCCGACGUGUCUCGGGGCAGAAUGUGUUCGAGAGCCGCUCCGUGAUCCAGGAGCUCCGGGCGUCCCUGGCUGAGCUGGCCGGGAAGGGGAGGACGUACCUGGGCAGGCUGGCGGGGGAGCAGACGGUGGUGUCGGUGCAGAAGGCUUUCUCUCAGGUUCUGGGUGUUGUUGCAGAAGGUCUGGCUGAAGGUCUGAAUGUUCUACUACAGUAUACCUCAUACUUCCUGCAGGCUGCUGGAAUCCAAGUUGGCCGUCCCGUCCACAAGGUGACACCAGAGGGUCUGAUCUUUGUGGGCCAGUGGGUCCUCAUGGCUCUCAUUGGCUACUGGCUCAUCUCCCUUGGCUUGCAAUUGGUCGCCUCCACUCUGAGGCGGACCCUGUGGCUGCUGAAGGUGGGCAUGGCUUUGGCCUGCUUUGGACUCAUCCUGAGCGACCACCGGGUGGGAACAGAAACCAUGGCGGUGCGUCUGGCCGUCCUGGUGUGCGUCUGUGUCGUUUUAGGCGUCGGGACUUCAGGGGCUUCGAAUGCGGCUGAUAAAACGGCUCGUCUGGAGGAGCAGAUGAAGAUCCUGGAGAGACGGCUGAGAGAGAUGGAGAGAUGGACGAGGACAGCAGAGUGAAGACAGAAAAGCAUUCGUUGGUUGUGACACAUUGUCUGCAGAACAGGGGUGUCCAACAUGCGGCCUGUGGGCCAAAAGCGGUCCUCCAGAGGGUCCAAUCCGGCCCUCAAAGUGUAAAAAUUCCACAGAAGACAUUAACUGCAGAUUGUAAAUUAGUAAAGCUAUAAAUUUAAAAUCAUUUCUAGACCAUGACAAGUUGUUUUGAUCAGAAAGUAAAAUACUAGAUUGUUCAUUGUUCUUUUGUCAUUUUGUGUUUUACUUUAUUCGUUGUUUUGUGUGCCCUUUUUGUUGUUUUUUUUUGUUUCAGUUUUCUCGUUUGUCCAUUUCUUUGUUGCUUUGUAAUCUGUUUGUCUUAUUUUUUGUCUCUUUUUUUUUGUUUUAUUUCGUGUUUUGUCUCAUUUUUUGAUGUUUUGAUUCUCAUUUUUGCAAUAUUUUGUCUUGUUUUUGUUGGGUUUUUGUUUUUUUUUAUCUGACUUUUGUCAUUUUGAUCAUAUAGUAAAACUGGUCUGGUCCACUGGAGAUCAAACUGGGCUGAAUGGAACCUGAACUAAAAUGAGUUGGACACCCCUGGUUUAGACGAUGAUGCAUUUAUUUCUCUGUAACUUCUGGGAACUAAAGGUUUUAUAAUUGGGAUCUUAUCUAUAAUGUCUUUAAAACUGAUGCCUUACUUAUGUUUUUUUAACUCAUGUAAUAUAAUAUUUCGAUCCCAUUUGGACAGGAUUAGCAGGAAUGAGUUCAUGGCCUGCAGCUUUCAUGAUACCUAUCAUUUCUUUCAAUUUUUGUGCUUUUUGUUGGUGUUGACAUCUUUCUAUCAGGUUUUCCUCCAUUUUCACUCUAAAACUGCUCUGGAAGGGACUUCAAUUAUAGGAGGAAUCACCAAUUUAGUGCAAAACGGGCUCAUUUCAGCUGUAGUUUUUAGUGUUGAGUGAAAAUGACUCCAGACUGAAUUAAAAUCCAGAUCACAGCAGGUGCAGUUAAAAUCAGCCAGCCGCCCCUACAGACACACAUUCCAGUGGCUAUAAUCAUUCCUGGCAGCAGUGAUUUGUCAUAUAUGUUGUGAUUACAGUUUUUUACAGUUUCUUGCCAGUAUUUUAACUGUCCUUUCCCUGAAAAAUAAAACAAUUUAUACCACUGUUUAGGCAGGAAAACAAAUGAGCGUAUUUACCAGACGUGUUGAACUAUUUUCGAAGCUUUAAGUUUCAUUUGAGAUUAAAGUUUGAUUUCUA